GUACUGUAGUAAGCGUCACUUAACAUCAUCGGGUGGAGAUGUAAGUAAUAUAAAAUGCAUAUCAAACUCCAGGUGAAUUCCGUUUCGUUUCGAUUGAGUAUGCUAGGCAACGAAGCCUAGGCAAGGGCAGAAGAAUGCGUAAGCUUCACAUAGCGAAAGCGAAGCUGCCGCUACGAUACGCAUGCGGAAAUGAAGAAAGAAAGAAAGUGGAAGUCUUCGUUUUCUAUAAGGAGCGUGAAAGUGAAAGAAGUAGGACUACGAGCUAGCGACCAGCAUGCAGAUUACUUCAUGGCUUUGGCUUUACUUUACUCUUUGUCCUUGUGGGUUAGCAGGAACUUAAUUUAUAUUCUUUUGAGUUUUAACGAAGGCCUUGGUGUUGGUCUUGCUCUUCGUCUUGAAGUUCUUAGUAUUCAUCAGGACGACGAUGAUGUCGUUGUCGUAGUAGACGGCUUUGAUGUUGAUGUCAGAACUAUUCUUACCACGUGCACGUGCACGCUAUUACGAUUACCAUCUUGACGAGACGAAAAGCAAAAAGAUACUACACGUACACGCACACGCACACUAACAAUUGAGACGGAAGCAAAGUAAGGAAAUGCUUUUGAUUCUCUUGCUGUCGACUUGGUCUUGCAUGAAUUUAACACGAGAAAACGGAACCCGCAGGGGGAAUGAUCGUUUCUGUCUUUCUAC